GGAUUAACAAUGAGAUCCACACAACACUUGUGACCGCGCUUCUGGUUAGAACGCAGCAACUCGACACUUUUUUAUUUUUGGAAUUUUAAUUUCGACGUUGCGUGUAUGCACAUUUAUUAAAAACUCGAAACGAGCGUUUUUCGAUAAAUUCAUGGAUUGUUGUAGUUGUGAAGCGUAUCGAAGCUUGAACCUGUCAAGUGUGUAGCGAUUUGAUGCCGAUCCACAUGUUAUGUUAUUCGAUAAGGUGUGAGACUUGUUUCUGCCGUGGAGGAGUAGCCGUGAGUUAUAGUAAGUGAGUUAUAGUUCAGCAUUUUCCAGUCGUAGUCGACCUCCACAACCACUAACAUCAUAUUGCUGAAUACAAUCUUCUUCAAAAUGUUGCGGACUGAGUUAGAAAAAUAUGCGAGGGAAAACUGUAUCCAUUGAGCCUCAUCAACUUCUUCAAACACUUUUAAUCUUAUGGACUACAAUUUAGAAGCAUGCUGGGGAUGUCCAGGCUUUCUGCAUCUGCACUGCUCUAUCUGGCCAUCAUCAGCUGUUUGGUUUCAGGCAGCCGAAUCCAGGGAGUUUGGUUGAAAAUGCCAGCCGUGGUUAGAGUCGGCUCAACUGUGACACUGGUGUGCCAGUUCGACUUGCAAGAGACGCCGCUGUAUGCUGUCAAAUGGUACCGUGGCAACUAUGAGUUCUUCAGGUACAUGCCAACGGGAAGGCCUCCCUACAUCGCUUUUCCCAUACCCGGCAUCGACAUAGAUAUGAGUGGAUCAGGGGCACACCAGGUCACUCUGCGUAAUGUACCUCUCGAAUUGUCUGGACUUUUCAAGUGUGAGGUUACUGCUGAUGCUCCUUUCUUCAGUACUUUGCAAGCUUCGUCCAAUCUCACAAUAAUAGAACUUGGAAUACGCAAGCCAUCUGUCCAAGUCUCAUCGAGCGUGCACAGGUCACGAGUGAACCCGUUAAGAGUCAAUUGCAGCGCUCAGCAAACUGUUCCUCCACCCAAUCUCACAUUCUACAUUGAUGAGAAGAAGGUGAACAGCGAAUAUACACGAGACUUUGGCCCAGGAUUGGCGGGAUUGGAGAUCCAAUCACCUCCUUGGCCCCACAACCAGACCAGGUCCAUCAGGUGUGAGGCGACCGUGGCUGGCGUCUACUUCAUCAGCAGCAAUGCUGUUUCUGUCAAAUACGAUCCACAGCCGACUUCAGGUGGUGGACACCUCGUGAGCCAUUUGACUUCCUAUUGCGUUCUCCUUCAGUUACUAAUAAGAUUGUUCAGUGUUCCAUAAAGACAAAAAUGAAAAUCACGGUAAUCGGAGUGUAUAUACAUACUGAUAUCAAUAUUAUUAUUUUAUAGUCUUUAAUAAUGUAUGACGUAAGCUAUGUACCUGAUUAGAUGUAUUUGAUUUUAUUUUAUAUUGUAUGAUGAUCCAAAUAAUAAAUUAUAUUUUUACAAC